AUGACUCAAACCCUCGCUCUGCAGAGCCAGAGUCAGACCUCGACCGCAGACGCCCAACCCCCAGAGACGACAGACGCGACACCCCCCGCGACGAUCGACGAUAUCGCUCGCGCUCUCGUGACCGAAAAGACACAAAACGCGAAAGGAGCUGGUCUCGAGAUCGUCGUGAUAACGGGAGAGCCCGAGAUGGCCGCGGGCCCAGAGACCGGAAAAGGAGCACAAGCAGAGACCGUGGCAAUGAAAGGCGAGACUGCCCGAUCUCGAUCACCACCUCCGCGAGGAGGAUACAAAGGCGAGCGCCGUUCUGAACGCAGAGACACUCGAGCUCGAGAUGACGGACGAGAUACCAAUGGCUCAUCGGGUCCUGGCUAUUCAAGCCAAGAGAUGGAAGUGGACUUCAAAGAAGAUGCGGACGAAGACGAAAUGGACGCGAUGAUGCGGAGGAGCAUGGGAUUCAGUCGAUUCCGAACCACCAAGAACAGCAAGGUACCCGGAAACGAGAUCUACGGCGUGCGGAAGGAGAAGAAGAGCGAGUACCGCCAGUACAUGAACCGUACAGGUGGUUUCAACAGACCACUCAGUCCGUCGCGGGCUUGA